AUGGUGGUCAAGAGUGAACCGGAUCCACUUUCGCUAGCAGCUCUAUGUCUUGUCUUGGGGCAGGACUAUGAUGGUCUUCUAGAUAGUGGUGAGAUCUACAUCACUCGUUCCGAGUCGGAGGGUAUCUUCGAAGGACACGGAGGUGGAAAAGACUGCAUGAGGAGACUUGUACGAGGGAGUGGGGUGGGGAAGUCAUAUGGACAGGCUUUCUGUACAAUGCGUGUGCCCACAAUGUCUGCAGUGUGCACGAGGGCGGACUUCUGCAAGUGUGAAUACAGCGCUUGCGAGGGACAUACAAUUCGCACUGAGAAUUUUGAUCCACACUCAACUACCAGAGAGGAUACUUGGUAUCAAAAGACGGGGGAGUACGACUUCCGAGCUAGGAAAGCAGCCCUCGAGGAAUCAUGUUUAUACAACUGUUGGGCAAGGAUAUGGUGUGGGGGUCAGGCGGGAGCUGGGAGCUGGGAGCGCGACCAUGGGUGGCAGGUUCACGAUCGAAGUACAGAGUGUGCGAAACCAUUCGAAGUCCAGACGAGCACGCACGCCGACUGGGUCAAGGAUACGACCAGACGGCCCAGCAAAUGUCACGAGGGACACCCGGGAUCUAGUUACGGGAGCGAGCCUGGAAGUCCACAGAAACCGCAGAGAUGGUAUUCAGUCGGCCACACUUGGGGAAAUACCCAGCCAGACAGGGGCCUAACGCUGGUUACGGGGACAGGAACACAAUGCCUCGUGGAGCAUCAAUACGGACAAAACUCGAUACAGGCUUAUCAGAUAACAAGAUCCGGACGCGCAGAAGAACACCUCGUCGCUGGUAGAACUGCGCGAAAACCCAUGAUGAAAGGGGUCCAGGAAGGGCAUUACGCAUACUUAUGGGGGAGUGCGCGUUCGAUAUCGCAAUUUCGGUGCAGGGAGGCCAGGGUUAAUACGAGCUGGGAGUUUGCUGCGGCUAGUAGUCGAGUGAGACCUCGCGUCAGGGAAAGCCGCAUCCACUUAGCCACGGCGCGUCACGAGGGAAGCAGGUCAUCAGUUACGACACAAUAUCUCAAGCUCAAAGCUCACACCUGCUGGAUUGACACCGAACUUGGAAACCAAGGUCGAGGUGGUGAAUCAGAACUUUGUUGGCGUAUUGGGAGCGACGAGGAAGCCAAGUUCGACGAUAUCAGGCAAGUCCUACCUACCAACGCAUCCUGCCGUGUAGUCAAAUAUCAGCACGGACUUACUAGCCAGCGGGAGCGAGACUGA